AUGGCGACCGCCGAAAUGAGCCUGCCUGACAAGAAACCGGAACACGAGUCGGGAUACUACGAAGGCAGCGACCAGGAGGGCAGCAUGGAAUGCGGUUGCCCAUCCCCCGUUAGCUCCAGGAACUCGUCGCACUCCACCAAGCUGAAGCGUCGGCAUAGUGCUCACAAGCAUAAGAAAGCACCAUCCAAAAAGCAUCGUACGGACCACGUGAACGGUUGCAUGGGUAAUGGACACACGGGUAACAGUGUUGAAAUUGUUGAGUGUACCAGUUUGCCAUCAGUGAAGGAUGUGAACAAUGUUGAGGAAGUUGCGCCCGAAGCCGGGCCUAGUAGCAAGCGUAGUAGUUCUGUGGAGCUGAUCGGUGGUACAGUUCCACCACCGGCAAGGGAUUCAGUGGAUUGGAAUCUGGUAGACGCUAGUAAAAUUAGAAAAAGAGGCAAAGUUAACCUCAAUGGGGCGUCUAAAGUGGACAUAUCACACUUCGACCUGCUAAAAGUUCUUGGAACGGGAGGGGACACGUGGUUUGAGGAAAUCCGGCCGCGGGCGGAAUGGGGCUCCUGUGGGGGUGAAGACGCGCGUAUCACGACGGCUAUUGUGACAUCCAAUGGUAUAGGUUGCGGUUAUCACUACAUA